CUUAUAUUAUGCAACGUAUUGUUGCGUUUUCUUCGGAAACGGUACUUGACAGCAGCUCUAAUAAAAGUACUAAAAGUAUGUUCGCUGUACGCAGUUUGUUGGCGCCGCGCUGUGAAGCAUUCAUUGAUCGCCGGUAACUGUUCAGUGCGUCAGAGUGUGUUGCUGAUUGUUGUUACCAUCCUUUGUCGAGGAGGUCGGUCACUGAACACACAGAACCGGCUGUUUUUGCAAUAAUAAUUACAACCAUCAAUCAAAUUUUUGUGUGUUAAUAAAAUAAUAACAUCUCCAGUGACGCGACGGCGUGCCGGUUACCACAAGCUUUUCCAUGAAAUUAUUUCCGUCCGUUUUCAACAGGAGGAACAUCAACGUUAGACUGACUAUAAAUAAUAUGCGUUAACAUCAUAAGCGAUGUUAGUAGUUGCAGUUUUGAAUAGCCCUUGUCGUCUGGUUAGGCCGAUACGGUACAUCCUGCCAUAUCACUUGCUGGGGCCAAGGCAUUGACUGCUCUUGUUUUUUUAUAGGUAAAUAGAUUAAAUAGCUUAUCAAAAGGUGCUCAAGAAACAUGAGUGUUCGUUCAAAAGGAAAAGUGUCUUCGAUAUUUCGGCGAAUAUUCGGCUCAUCAAAUAAAGAAGGUGAAGAUCCAAGUAAAGCUGGCACGUCGUCUAAUGGUUCUCCUGCAAGACGUCUUCUUCGGGGAUGCCGGGAUACCGUAUCACCUGCAGCUAAUCCGCCAGGAAGUCCUGGCUUCGCAAACACCAAACCAGGAAACAAAAAAUGUCAGGAGACAUCUACCCCAUCUAACAAAACGGUCCGCACUAGACGCCUCAUGAAAGAGUUUCGCGAUCUUCAGCGCCUGCAAAAUUCGCGAUUAGAUCCCGUAUUCACGGUAGAAUUAGUAGACGAUAACUUAUUCGAAUGGCAAGUAAAGCUUCAUAAAAUAGACUUGGAAAGUCCUCUAGGAAACGACAUGACCGAAUUGGGAGUCAGUUUUAUUUUACUCAAUUUAGUAUUUCCAGAGAAUUUUCCUUUUGCACCUCCUUUCAUGCGAGUCAUUUCUCCCCGUAUAGAAAAAGGGUUUGUUAUGGAAGGUGGUGCCAUUUGUAUGGAACUACUGACACCUCGAGGAUGGGCCAGUGCAUAUACUGUUGAGGCGGUUAUAAUGCAGUUUGCAGCGAGUGUGGUUAAAGGACAGGGUCGUAUUCAGCGGAAAACCAAAGGACAAAAGAUAUUUAAUAAACGAGCUGCCGAAGAAAGCUUUAGAUCUCUUGUUAAAACGCACGAGAAAUACGGGUGGGUUACGCCAUCGCUGGCUGAUGGUUAAUGUUUUAACGUUUACGUUUUGAUAAUUGCAUCUUUGUAAACCUAAAAAGUGAAUCAUUGCCGAUGUAUUUAUUUCAACUUUGCAGAAUAAGAAGCGAUGACUUUUGUGAUACCUCAGCAAAGUUUUGCAUUCCAUAAGAAUAAAAAACAGACAAACUAAAGACGACUGACGAUUUAUGUAGUUCAUAUAGGUAAAUAUUUUUGUAAUUUAUUUGAUAUGACAAAAGCUACAUUGUUUGCUUGUAACAACACAUAGCCGUGUCUUUUUAUUGAAAAUGUUCGACAAUAUACAUUCAUAUUUGCCAAGACUAAUUUGUGAAAUUGAGAAUGAUGUUAUUGUUUGCAAUUAUUAGAUAUGGAUGUGUCCUGUGUAUUAAAAUCUUUUAUAGUAUAUUCUUCAAGUUUAUAAACAUCUUUAUUGAUAAUGUUCUUCAAAGUAAAGUAAUCUUCAUUCUAAAACACAUAUUUUAUUGGCUGCUCUGUGAGAUUGAUAUUCUAUAUAAUUACGAAACCAAAUUUACUUAUAUCAAAAUAUCUAAGGAAAGUAGUCCUGUGUAAUAGUAUCUUAAGAAGGUUUUCUUGCACCUAAAUUUUUAAGAACUUUCGAGCAAGUAAUAAGCAAGUAAGGAACAACACUCAUCAAUGAUAACGAAUCUGUUAGUGUAUGAUAAUUUAACGAGAACAUUCAUCCUUGUUUUUAUUAGAAAUUUAAAGGCUUUAUCUUGAUUUUCUGGUAGAUACAAUCACAUUAAGUUAAUUCUAAUAAUUUCAUCCCUUUUUUUGUUUUUCCUAAACUGUUUUAUAAUUUAAUACAAGUUAUAUACUGAAAAGCAACCCUACUGUUGGUAGGACAAAAUUUUCAAUUAGGUCCCUAAUGUACAUACAACGACUACUUGAUGUUAUUAUUUCUUGUGUUCCCAAAACUAAAUAAAUGCAGUACCGUUUUCGUCUAUUAUCAACUGUAAUUGUACUAGGCCUAAUGUGAAAAGUACAAAAUUAAUAAUAAAUAGGUAAUAUACGAAAACUAAAAUCAUCUAAUGACGAAUUAAAAUAAACAAUUAAAUUUUCACAAUUACAUUACAAACGAAAGUAAGACCGGAACAAAUAUUAUUUUUUAUUUCUAACUAUAUUAUGUCUCAAUAUAUUUCGUUUAUAAUCAUAGUGUAACUGGUGGAUGUUAAAGCUGUGUGGUAAUGUUAAUUAUUGUACCCUAUAGAGUAUAGACCGUUAUGCGACUAUAUCUGUGUAUCUUGUACCAUUAAUAUCAAAUUACUGGUAUAUACUUGUAUCCAAAGAUUAUAAUGAAUGUUAAGGAUUGAAAACUGCAUGUAUGUAUGAUCUAUCAAUUUAUCAAGUAUGGUAAAAUGGUAUUUAUUAGUGUUCAAUAAAAUCAUGUUAUUUAUAACUUAAAUUUCAAAUUAGAAGAACAUUAAGUUUACUAUAAAUGUUGUCUAUAGAAUAAUUACCUUCACAUAUAAUUAUUAUAUGUACUCAGUACUUAUCUAUUAUUACGUAGAUGUGCCGUCUUCCAUUUUAAACGCGUUUUACUUUUUGGUUAUCAAAUUAUAACUACAAUAAAUGUUUAUUGGUGAGUAAAAAUUUCGAUCCUAUUGUAAACAACUGAAUUUCAAUAAAGGUGUUACCA